CUGACAUAGCUUCGUCCUCGGGGGCGUGACCAAGAAAAUUCUAAAUUUUGUAUACCCUAAAAUUUCUUCUUGUUCAAGUCGCGAUCUACCAAAACUUCAUCUUUUUCUUAUUAUUUAGAUUGAACCGGUGUUGAUUCACUUGUCCUUUGUGAUUGCAGCGAAUGAUGGAUCACUACGAAGUUCUAGGGUUAAACAGAAACGCAAAUAAGAUUGAAAUCAGAAAAGCUUUCAAGAAACUAGCAUUAAAAUAUCAUCCGGAUAAACAUUUCAAUUCAUCUCAGGAAGUUAGGGAUGAUGCUACACGCAAUUUCAAACAACUUUCCGAAGCGUAUACUGCUCUUAUGGAUGAUCGAAAACGAGAGGAUCAUCGUCUUAGAUCAGCAUCAUCUAGAGUGCCUUGUGCGGGCGUACGUGUAAGUCUUGCUACAAAUGACUGUGCAAAUGGGAGGUACGCUUUCAAUGUCAACCCACCAAAAUACACCAAGAAUAGUCAUAGCGAACCAAGCAAAAAUCCGGAGAAGACUGAUCAGAAAACACCCAAUUGCAAAGCUUGUGGUACCUUUAAAGGUGUAGAAGUGACUAGCCGUGAUGUUAUGUAUUUUGGUGGCUUUGUCUUUGCUGGGGCGUUUGCAGUUGGAUCAGCAAUUUACGAAUUAGCUAAUAAGUUAACUAGCUAGGAGUGUAAUGAUUUCGGAAAGUAUUAGAAGAAACAAUGGAGAGUUGGAGACCAUUGAAAAGAACAAAACACAGUAAAAAGAGAUGAGCUUCUGGACUUGAUAGUUUACCUUGUAAAUAAAUGCAUUCCUUAAGAAAGAUAGGCUAAUAUCAAAGCUUAAUCCUUGGUCAAUUAUCUUGAUUUAUAUUCUGCUGCUCAAUUUGCAAACAAGUUAAAAACAGGUUUUAUGGAUGUGUGGUUCUGUUUCACCUCAAGAAAGCUGUUUUCAUGGACA